AUGUCGAGCCGUCCCAUGAACGAUGAGGAGGUCCUCUCGGAGAUGAAGAAGAUGGUGGCCUUUAUCAAACAAGAGGCUGUCGAGAAGGCUCGCGAGAUUCAGAUCAAGGCCGAUGAAGAGUUUGCCAUUGAAAAGGCUAAGAUUGUUCGUCAGGAGGCGAUCAACAUUGACUCGCAGUACGGCAAGAAGAUCAAGCAGGCCGAGGUGGCCCAGAAGAUUGCCCAGUCCAACCAGACCAACAAGUCACGAUUGAAGAUCCUUCAGACUCGCGAGCAGCACCUCCAGUCUCUGUUCGAUGCUGCUCGCGAAAAGCUCAACGGCAUCGCCAAGGACCAGGAAAAGUACAAAAAGCUUUUGGGCGACCUCAUUCUUCAGGGCUUGCUUCAACUUAUGGAGCCCAAGGUGACCGUCACUGUCAAGUCGAGCGACGUGCAGCUCGCACAAGACGCUGCCAAGCAGGCUGAGAAGGAUUACAAGGAAAAGUCGGGCAAGUCGACCAGCGUCACGGUCCAAGAAGGUCUCAACAAGGACAGCGCCGGCGGUGUGGUGCUCUCGGGUCACGGAGGAAAGAUCACCAUCAACAACACGCUCGACGAGCGCCUGCGUCUUCUCGAAGACCGCAUGCUUCCCGAGAUCCGUCUCGAUCUGUUCGGGCCCAACCAGAACCGAAAGUUCAACACUUAG